CGUUAUUGUGUCCAUAGGUUUUAUAUGGUCGGCCGACCUCGUCCUCACACUGAACUGGGAGCGCUGUGAAAUAUUGACCAGUGUUUAAGAUGCCUUUCAUCGAGCUACAAACGAACCUGCCGGUCAGCUCCUUCUCUGAGGACUUCAUGAUGAAGCUGUGUAGCAGCACUGCAGCUGCUCUGGGAAAACCUGAGGACAGGAUGAAUGUGGUGGUGAAACCUGGGCUGCCAAUGCUGAUGGCAGGCUCUUGCUCUCCAUGCCUGAUGCUUUCAGUGUCUGCCAUAGGUGUGACUGACUCGGCUGAGAAGAACAAGGAGCACAGUGGCAAGAUCUUUGAGUUCCUGACCAGAGAACUUGGUCUGACUGAAGACAGGAUUGUAAUUCAGUUCCACGAGCUGCAGCCUCACCAGGUCGGGAAGAAGGGAACCGUGAUGAGCUUCUUGUGAAGAAUGUUGUUGUUUCUGACACCGGUCACGAUCUCAGUCCUAGCAACAGACGAAGAACAGACAAAAUCAGAUUGUCACUUUAAAGGCACUUACUUUAUUUUCCUUUCAUACCAAGGUCUACUAUCAAACAGGAUACUGAGAAGUUCUCUUCUGAAUUAUUUAAAGAUUAACAUUGACUUACAAAUGACUUGUAUAACAAAGUGUUAAAGAAGAUAGCACUAGAAAUUCUGGAAAUAAAUGUCACUAUUUUCAACAAAAUUACAUUGUUUUUUCUGUUUUUAAUGCUCAGAAUAUUGACUUGUUUUACUAAUGUUUGUGAUAAUACAUCAAGUAAUGUAGCCUGACCAUCUGUUCAGAGGUUUGAAACAGAAAAUAUAUUUUCAUUAAAAACAUGGAAAUUAACUGGA